CUGGACGCAAUCAAGAACCUCCAAACGCUGUCGGAGCAGAGUUCAGGCACAAAUUAAAGCAGCACGCGGUGCACGUUCUCAAGACAUUUCGCUGCACCAACCCAAAACGGCACCGCGAUGAACCGCCCUUUUCGCUUAUCAUUGAGGAAACCAGCUUCUAGUAACCGAGGAGUAAAUCUUCCUGACCGCCAGCCGAGCGCGCCUCCGCCGCCAGUGGCGUCCGCCCCAGCCCCAGCCACACAGCAACCACCCGCAACACCCCGCCCCGCCCCGCCGUCCCCGCUUGACCGCGUGUUGUCCAAGGCGGCCAACAAGGCCCGCCUCUCCCACCCCGCGGCGGAAGCCGCAAAGGCCCCGCCCACGCCAGCGGCAUCUGGGCCGGCCAAGCAGCAGCCCAUCAGGCAGACCUCAUCGCAACAGGGCAAGCAGGCACAACAACAAAAGCAGUUGCGCAAGCCGCAAGCCAAUGCUGCUACCACCAGCGGCAAAGCCGCAGCGGCCAAGUCCAAAGGCGCCGCGCGCGGAGCGGACGGGUUGCUCGAUGAUGAGCUGUUUGCGGGCAUCACUGAAAAGGAGCGGGACGAUGUGUGGGAGUCGCUGAAACUGGAGGUGGAGGGCGAUGAAGCCGACCUGUGGGAUGAGGAUGACGAGGGCGUGUCAGGGCCCAGCCUGGCACGGCGGAGAGCGGCCCCCGCCUCUGCGCGGGACGACGGCAGCAGUAGCAGUAGCAGUAGUAGCAGUAGCCGUCUUGACGCCGCCGACUCCACGCCCGUGGCUAGCUCCUCGGGCUUCAAGGGCUUCGGCCGGCCGCCAGCAGCUCGCGGCGCAGCAGCGGCAGCGGCAGCUUCCGCCUCCACGUCCGGGGCGGCAGCAGCCGCGCCAGCGGCUGCCAGCACCAACAUCGGGAGCAACGCAGCCUCCGCAGCGACCAGCAGCAACGGCAAAACUGGCCCUCGAGGCCUGGUGCCGGCCGUUCCUGCCUCCGCCAGCGCCUCUGGCCGCAUGCGCGUGUUUCUGUUCAAUGCGGAAGAGGCCAAGACGCGAGCGCUGCUGGAGGAAACGGGGCUGGCGAGCCGGGUGGAGGUGGUGGGCGACCUGAGGGCCUCGGACGCCAUCCUGGCGGCCAAACUGGCCAAGAACGGCAAGCACGUCAACCUGACGCAGGCGGAGAAGACGGCUGCCAACGCGGGUAUUCCAUUCGUGGUAGUGGGCCGCAACUUGAGUGCGGACAACCUGCGCACCGCGCUCACAGCGCUGCUGGAGCCGGGCUCAGAGGCAGCGAAGGCGGUGGCGGCGCGGGCGGCGGCGGCGCGGACGCCCACGGCUGCGGAGCUGCAGGCGGCGCGAGUGGACAUGAUGCGAGGGCUAAGGGGGCUGGCGGCCGGGGGCGGCCCGCAGCAACAGUAGGGCAAACACUUCUGGCAGUCGCAGAGCGGGGCUGCAGUGGAUCUGUGCAGACACUGGGCCGGCGGCCAUCGGGUGCGUGUAAUGCACGUCCAGUGGGUCCAUUCCUUGCGAGUUCCGCUACUCGGCCCAACAGUGAUCUGUCCGACAUGUGUAACGGUAUAGGUGUUCGCAAGCCUGGGGUGCUGGACGAGGCGGUGGUCAGCCCAACGUAUGCAAGGGGUGCUGCACGGGGCGCUGUCCGUGACGCGAUUGAAGGGAUGUCGGCAAGGGCUUGAUCAGACCAUGUGUCGAGUUGGUGGCAUGCAUGCGGUGUCUACUCGUGUUGGGUCGGGUGCAACCAGUGCACAUUAAGGCACGUGGCGUUUGGUGCACGUCGGGAAAUAUGCAUGCAAAUUUACGGUCCUAGCGGGCUAGCGGCGCUUGCCCAGGGCUGGGCUGAUGACCUGGUGGCGCGCAGGCGGCUACCUAUGAACCUGCGGACCCACAGUUGUGCACAUUGCACACGAGUCUGGUGUGUGUAGGUCCAUGGAUGCAAGAAUACGUGUAAGCUGUCUGUCCA